AUGGCGCACGGUCGCUCAAUGGGCUUCGACCCACUGGGCCUAGGGGAUCUAAGCCCCGGCUCUCUGAGCUCCCUCUCCUCCCGAGGCCACCUGGGCAGCGACUCGGGCUCCACCGCAACGCGAUACCUGUUGAGGAAGCAGCGGCGGCUGCAGAAUGGGCCCCCCCGCGGAAUCCGAGCCUCGUCGCCCAUGGGCCGCGUCAUCCUCAUCAACUCCCCCAUCGAAGCCAACAGCGAUGAAAGUGACAUCAUCCAUGCAGUCCAGGUGGAAAAGAGUCCAGCAGGGAGGCUGGGCUUCAGUGUGCGUGGCGGCUCUGAACACGGCCUGGGCAUCUUCGUCAGCAAAGUGGAGGAGGGCAGUAGCGCAGAGCGAGCUGGCCUGUGCGUGGGGGACAAGAUCACAGAGGUGAACGGGCUGAGCCUGGAGAGCACCACGAUGGGCAGUGCCGUGAAGGUGCUGACGGGCAGCAGCCACCUGCACAUGAUGGUGCGGCGCAUGGGCCGCGUGCCGGGCAUCAAGUUCUCCAAGGAGAAGACCACGUGGGUGGAUGUGGUCAAUCAGCGACUGGUAGUGGAGAAGUGUGGUUCCACGCCGUCCGACAGCAGCUCAGAGGAUGGUGUGCGGCGCAUUGUCCACCUGUACACCACCUCCGACGACUUCUGCCUGGGCUUCAACAUCCGCGGGGGCAAGGAGUUUGGCCUGGGCAUCUAUGUGUCCAAGGUGGACCAUGGUGGGCUGGCCGAGGAGAACGGCAUCAAGGUGGGGGACCAGGUCCUGGCAGCCAACGGUGUCAGGUUCGAUGACAUCAGCCACAGCCAGGCGGUGGAGGUGCUGAAGGGCCAGACACACAUCAUGUUGACCAUUAAGGAGACCGGCCGGUACCCUGCCUACAAGGAGAUGGUUUCUGAGUACUGUUGGCUGGACCGCCUGAACACUGGGGUGUUACAGCAGCUGUCCCUGGCCUCCGAGAGCAGCUCCAGUGUCUCCUCAUAUGCCUCCAGUGCCCCCUACAGCUCGGGCUCUCUGCCCUCAGACAGCAUGGACGUCUGCCUGGGGCCUGAAGAACCAGGCAGUCAUGGCCCAGGCUGGGGUCGGGCGGAUACAGCCAUGCAGACAGAGCCUGAUGUGGGGGGCCGUGUGGAGACUUGGUGCAGUGUGCGGCCCACAGUCAUUCUCAGAGACACAGCCAUCCGCUCCGAUGGACCCCCAAGUGCCCGUAGCCUCAACUCUGCACUCUCUGAGUCCCCCAAGACAGCUCUACUGCUGGCUCUCAGCCGACCCCGGCCCCCUAUCACCCGCUCCCAGAGCCACCUGACCUUGUGGGAGGAGAAGAAGCAGCGGAAGAAGAAGUCGGGGUCCCCUGGGGAGAAGGGUGCCCUGCAGCGCUCCAAGACACUGAUGAACCUCUUCUUCAAGGGAGGGCGGCAGGGGCGGCUACCAGGGGACGGGCGCAGAGAGGCCUGGACACUGGACGGUGGGAGCCCAGCCAAAGCACGCCCUCUCCUGGACCUGGAGAAAGCAGGGAACGUGGGGCCUGUGCAGAAGUUCGUCACCUGGAGAAUGAGACAUGACCGGGAAAAGGGCCGGGCCCUGCUCUCUGCCAGGUCCAGGAGCCCCUCCAGCCAGCUGCCCAAUGUGGAUGAGCAGGUGCAGGCCUGGGAGAGCCGGAAGCCCCUCAUUCAAGACCUGGCCCAGCGGCUGCUCACCGAUGAUGAGGUGUUGGCUGUCACCCGCCACUGCUCCCGGUAUGUCCACGAGGGUGGCGUGGAGGACCUGGUGAGGCCCCUGUUGGCCAUCCUAGACAGGCCUGAGAAGCUGCUGCUGCUAAGGGACAUCAGGUGUGUGGUGGCUCCCACGGACCUGGGCCGCUUCGACAGCAUGGUGAUUCCAGUGGAGCUGGAGGCUUUCGAGGCUCUCAAGAGCAGGGCAGUAUGGCCUCCUGCUUUGAGACCAACCCGGCAGGACAUGCCACCCAAGCGUCACCUCAUCACCCCUGUGCCUGACAGCCGCGGAGGCUUCUACCUGCUGCCUGUGAAUGGCGUCUCAGAGAAGGAAGAUGACAGGGAGCUGGGGGUGCAGCUGGGGGGCCUCAAGCUCUCCCUGAGUGCCACUGCCACCUGCCACCCUCACAAAGGGGUCCUCCCUCUCCAAGACGUGCCAGUAGAUGCCUUUGCCUCACACCGAUGCACCUGCACACCCCCUCCCCAGCCACCCCCCGUGGCUCCCCGUCCCCCACGGCCUAACUGGCUGCUGACAGAACCCCCGAGCUACGAGGAGCCUCCACAUAGCCAGGGCCAGGGCCUGGCCCAGAGCCGCAGCCGCAGCCACAGCCGGGUUCGAGGCAAGUCCCCUGGACGCAGGCGCUCCCCAUCCCCGGCGCCUAUCCCCACUCCCGGCGGGGCCAAUGGGCGCUGCCACAAGCCUCGGAAGGCCAGGCCCCCUCUGCCUCGACCUCUGGAUGGGCAGGCAGCCAAGGUGGGGGCCGGGCAAGGGCCCUUGGAGAAUGGAACUGGCAGGACACCUGAGGACACAGACAUGAAGGCCCCCAGUGGAGAGCUGAAGACAGUCACGCUGUCCAAGAUGAAGCAGUCCUUGGGCAUCAGCAUUUCUGGAGGCAUCGAGUCCAAAGUGCAGCCCAUGGUGAAGAUAGAAAAGAUCUUCCCUGGAGGGGCCGCCUUCCUCAGUGGGGCCCUGCAGGCUGGCUUUGAGCUUGUGGCAGUGGAUGGAGAAAGCCUGGAGCAAGUGACCCACCAGCGAGCAGUAGACACCAUCCGUCGAGCUUAUCGAAACAAGGCUCGGGAGCCCAUGGAGCUUGUGGUCAGGGUCCCAGGGCCCAGCCCACUACCCUCACCCUCGGGUUUGUCAGCCCUCACUGAUCCGCACCUUCCUGCUGACCACUGCCCUGCCCAACCCCUCGAUGCUGCUUCAGUUACCCCCGACUGGCUCCCAGACCCCUCCCACCAACACCCUGUCCACCAACACCCAGACACUCCCACUGAUGCCAGGGCCCUCCAGCUGACUUCCAGCUCAGUCCCCUCUCUGGCACAAAGCCCAGACUCUCCCCGCUUAUCCCAUGACCCUUCCCGCUAA